AUGGCUUCUCGUCUUCACUCUUCACUCUCUAAUAUUUCUCUUUUUCUCUCAAUUUCAACCCCUUCAUCUUGCAAUCGCCAUUUCAAAUUCAAAACUUUUUCCCACCUCAACCAAUCGUCUUUGCACCACCCAGUUACAGAUUCUUCAUCUUCACCCAAAACCAAAAUUUGGGUCAAUCCUAACAGCGCCAAAUCUAAACCUUUCAGAAGAAAACACUUUAACUCUAGGACCGCUUUUCUCCUUCAUCUCGCCGCGUCUUUGGACUCGUGUGAUCCCACUCAGCAACACGUCUCUGCAAUUCUGAACUGUUUAGGAGACGAUGCCGUUGCAGAACAAGACGCCGUGUUCAUUCUUGAUCAAAUGUUCAACCCCAGAACUGCACUCGUUGUUCUUAGACACCUUAGGGACAAAAUUCAAUAUGUUAGAUAUAAUGAAGUGGUUCUUUACAAUGUCACCCUCAAAGUGUUUAGGAAAUGUAACGAUUUUGAAGGAGCACAGAAGGUGUUUGAUGAAAUACUUCAAAGAGGGGUCAAGCCUGAUAACAUUACGUUUACUAAUAUGAUUAAGUGUGCUACGAUGCCUUCUAUGCAGGAUAGGGCUGUGGAGUGGUUUGAUAAGAUGCCGGGUUUUGUGUGUGAACCUGAUGCCAUCACGUGCUCAGCUAUGCUGUGUGCCUAUGCACAAACUAAUCAUGUUGGUAUCGCUCUACAACUGUAUCAUAUUGCAAAAAUAGAGAAAUGGCCUAUUGAUGCAGUGACUUUCUCAGCCUUAAUUAAAAUGUUUGACUUGUCUGGAAACUAUGAUGGAUGCUUGAAUAUACACUUAGAAAUGAAGCGUCUUGGUGUGAAGCCUAACGUGGAAACAUAUAACAGUUUGUUGGCUGCCAUGUUGAGAGGUAAGAGGCAUUGGGAAGCCAUGACUAUACAUCAAGAGAUGAUAAGUAAUGGAGUUUUACCGGACUUUACAACUUAUUCAUCUCUUUUGCGGUUAUAUGCUCGUGAACAAUAUGAUCAAUACGCUCUUGGUGUUUAUAAAGAGAUGAAAGGGAAAGGAAUGGAUGUGACUGUAGAUCUCUAUAAUGUGCUUUUAACUAUGUGUGCUAAAGUUGGCUCUAAUCAUGAAGCUCUAGAGAUAUUUGAAGACAUGAAAAGUUCUGGGACUUGCCAUCCUGACAGUUGGACUUUUUCAGCCUUGAGUAAAGUAUAUUCCAACAGUGGGAAAGUUUCUGAGGUGGAAGGGGUGUUGGGUGAAAUGAUCAAAUCUGGUUUUGAACCUGAUAUUUUUGUUAUGGCAUCGCUUGUCAAUUGCUAUGGAAAAGCUAAGCAAAUUGAUGAUGUUGUGAAUGUAUUUGAUCGAUUCUUGAAUCUGGGCAUCAUUCCAGAUGAUCGCUUCUGUGGUUGUCUGCUGAGUGUUAUGGCAAAAGCACCGAAGGAAGAGCUUGGUAAACUAAUAAAGUGUGUUGAGAAGGCUAAUACAAAACUCGGGUAUGUGGUAAGAUAUUUGGUGGAAGGGCAAGAUAGUGAUGGGGAUUUCAGAAAAGAUGCAUCAGAACUUUUAAAUUCAAUUGACGCUAAAGCAGAGAAGACUAUAUGUAAUUGUCUGAUUGAUCUUUGUGUCAAUCUGAAUCUACCCGACAGAGCGGGCACCCUUCUUAGCAUAGGGUUGAUGCAUGGAAUAUAUAGGAGUAUGCAAUCACGAUCUCAAACAAUGUGGUCUUUGCACCUGAGGAACCUCUCGAUUGGAACUGCUAUGACUGCAUUUCAUGCUUGGAUACAUGACUUAUCUAAGGCUUUGGAAUCGCGCGAGGAGUUUCCACCACUACUUGGAAUUAAUACAGGGCGAGGAAAACUUAAGAAUUCAAGCAAGGGUAUAGCUAGUGUAAUUGAAUCACAAUUGAAGGAACUCAACGUUCCAUUCCAUGAAGAUCCAAAGGAAGCUGGCUGGUUUUUGGUUACAAAGGAAGCAGCCGAAUCAUGGCUGGAGUCCAGGGGUUCAACCAAAUCCAUAGCUGCUUUGGAUUCUAUGGUUUUAAAUGCUCCAUCAAUGGCCCUUCCAUAUUGA